CCAAAUUAAAAGGUGAUAGUAAGAGAAGACCGAGGAAGAGCGCUUAAAUGUAGUUCAUGGUGGGUGAUAGUUUGGAAGGGAGAAGUAAGGCUUUUGGCAGAUGCUAGUGGCCUUUGUUUGUAGAAAAGUUUCUUAGUCGAAACCAUAGAACCUUCGGGUUUAGGUUGAAGAUGUAGAACCUCAUGUUGUGUUUGCCACCACCCAAAAAGCUUUUCCCCCAUGUCUAAGACAAUUGCCAGUCAUCUGAACCCGCGUCUAAGACCUCCGAACGAGCUAGUGAUGACACCUAUCCCAUGAACUCUAUCGUUUAGAGGUUGCCGCCGUGGUGGUGAGAUGGUAGGGAUGAGUGAUGAUGAUUGUGCACAUCCUUUGCGCCAAAAGGUCCUGACCCCACUAGUCGAGAGUGAGUGAUUCAUUCUUGUUCUUGCAUGUUCAUAUCUAUCCCGGUGAGGACCUAUGUUGCCCCGUUGGCUGUUCCUUUGACUUGAGUUCUAUGCAUGGUCGGUUGUGAUUGAUUAGUGGCCCGGUUGAGACUUGCAUUGAUUGUGGAUAGAAUGAGAACUUUUCAUUUGCCCGUUUUUUAUGCAAUUGAAUGUGAUUAGUGGUGGUAUCGGAUUUGUUUGAGAUGGUUCGAGUGUCGAUGCCCAAAUAGUCAUUUGAGAUUAAUUCGGGCCUAAUUGUACAUGUUUUACCCCCGUUUUAUUUAGAUGUUUGUGGCAAAAUUGCUCCUAAAAGGUUGGUUUUACGCUAGGUUUCUCGUGUUUUAGCGUUAUUCAGGAACUAUACUACACCACAAAGAGUUUUCGAAACCAAUUACCUUUGCCGUAGUUUAUUUUACUUGGCAACCUUUUAAACCAAAAUUUUGAUUGCUAGAUAAUGAUUAAGAUAACUGAAGUAGGGGUAGACGGACCGACUCGGGUUGAUAUUUAAACAUACUUGUCCUAUACUUGGGCCUUAGAUGGGAAAUCAUUGUGGUAUUCGGAUUGAGUCAAGUUUUUGGCACCGUUGCUGGGGACAUCGGUCUGUUAUCUUCAAAAUGUUAUUGGUUGUUAAUCUAGCUUUUACUUUCCAGUUUUUGCAAGUGUGUGUUCUUUGUUUGUGCUAGACUUUGUGUGUUUUCCCGAUUGUGUGUAGGUGGUGCAUGACCCGGAGUAACUCGACACCUUUACUACCACUCGACAAGGACAUAAACCGAACUCUCUAACUCCUAGCAUGGGAGAGAGAGCUAGGGAAACAAGGAGAGAAUUGAAAGAAGGGGACAAUAGUUGGGUCCCGGUGUUAGUGGAGAAGAAGGUGAAGAAGAGGAAGUAGUCGAAGAAGUGGAAGUUCAACCCGUUGUUGUAGUGGAAAUGGCAGGGAAUCAAAAGCAAGAUGGUACCGCUCAGAAUCGCCAGUUAAACGAGGCGCUGGAGGAUGAGGAGGCCCGAAGGAAGAUGGGGGUACUACAUGGCCCCAAGGCCAGCGGAUAUUCACUCACUCAUCCUACAUCCUCCGGUGGCGGCAAACAACUUCGACAUUAAGCCGGCUUUGGUGACCAUGAUACAAAGUAACGCUCUAUUCCACGGCCUUGAGAGCGAGUCACCUCGAGAGCACGUGCAAAGGUUCUUGGAGCUCGCGGGGAUCUUGAAGAUCAAUGGCAUGACUGCCGAAGCUUUGCAACUAAGGCUUUUCCCCUAAUCACUCUUGGGGAAAGCGCUUAGGUGGCUAAACAACCGUCCACCUCAUGGGACAAUCUCCUCAACAAGUUUAUGGCUUGUUAUUGCCCACCUUCGAAGAUGGCGGAGUGGAGGAAGAAGAUUACCCAUUUCGAGCAAGAAGAGGACGAGACUUUGAGGGAUGCUUGGGAAAGGUACUCCGAUUACUUUCUGCAAUGCCCUCACCAUGGGUUUGAAGAACAGUUUCGGAUUGAAACCUUCUACGGAGGCCUAAUGCAAGAAGACAAUAUCGUCAUUGACUCCUUGUGUCAAGGGAAACUUAUGAAUAUGUCUCCAACUCAAAUCACCGAGAUACUUGAAGACAUGGCCCUAAGGGGAUAUAAUUGGGGGUUGACAAUAAGUGGAAGAAGAAGUAACAAUGAAAGGGGAGUGAGAAGUGUGGGAGCGAGUGGCCCACUUGAGGCAAAGUUGGACAAGUUGCUCGAGGUUAUUCUUGAAGAUAAGAGGCAAGGAAAAAGGGCGGUUAUGUCGUGCGACUGGUGCUCAAGCACUAGUCAUGAGAUGGCGGAGUGUCAAGCAAUGAAGGAGGCAACCAUCCCGAAGGAACAAGUCAACUUCAUGGUAAAUGCUAGAGUCAACAACCCGUAUAGCAAUACCUAAAACCUCGGAUGGAGGAACCACCCCAAUUUUACUUGGUCAUCGCCCACUAAUCCGAGGCCCCCGGGUUUUCAAGGCCCCACGGGGAACUACCAUCUUCAGCCGACCUUGAUUCAACAAAUGCUUCAAGGACCG